GAACACAAAGUGAAAACCCAAGUUCAUUUUAAUUGUCAACGAUGGCUUCCAGAAGUUUGAAUUUAUCGAUUCCAUCUGGGUUUAUCAGUUCUUCGAAAACCCAACAAAAUUUAAAGUUUGUUUCUUUACCUUCUCCUCCAAUUUUCAGAGCGGCCAAGAACGAAAAGCUUUCAUCGUCUUCUAUCCGUGCUAUGGGCUCCUCCUCCUCUUCACAGCGACCAGAUGGUAUCCGAGAGGCUGGCACCGCGGAUUACAAAUCUCUUAGCGAUGAUGAAUGGAAGAAGCGGCUCACAAGCGAGCAAUUUUAUAUUACCCGUCAGAAGGGAACUGAGAGAGCUUUUACUGGAGAGUAUUGGAACACCAAAACGCCAGGGACUUACCAGUGCAUAUGUUGCAACACGCCUCUAUUUGAAUCAUCAACUAAAUUUGACAGUGGAACUGGUUGGCCAUCGUAUUACCAGCCCAUUGGUGAUAAUGUCAAAACCAAGCUAGACCUGUCCAUUAUUUUCAUGCCUCGAGAGGAAGUUCUUUGUGCUGCUUGUGAUGCUCAUCUGGGCCACGUCUUUGAUGAUGGACCGCCGCCAACUGUGAAGCGUUACUGCAUCAAUAGUGCUGCACUGAAAUUGAAGCCGAAAUAAGCGAAGGUGAAGAUAUUACUAUGCCUGCCUGCAAAUUCUGUAACUCAUACUCAUUACAUGUUUGUGCACAUAAACUAAGGAUUCUUGCUAGAUGUAUAAGUUUAUUGUGCUGAAUGGAAAUAAUUGUACCUUUUGGUGUCGUUGAA